UUUCGCCGAACGCCGCCAAUAUGGUGUUCAGGCGCUUCGUGGAGGUUGGCCAGGUGGCCUACGUCUCCUUUGGGCCUCAUGCCGGGAGGCUGGUCUCAAUUGUAGAUGUUAUUGAUCAGAACAGGGCUUUGGUGGAUGGACCUUGCACUCAAGUAAGGAGACAGGCUAUGCCUUUCAAAUGCAUGCAGCUCACUGACUUCAUCCUCAAGUUCCCACACAGUGCCCGCCAGAAGUAUGUCCGAGAAGCCUGGGAGAAGGCAGAUAUCAACGCAAAGUGGGCAGCCACAAGGUGGGCCAAGAAGAUUGAAGCCAGAGAAAAGAAAGCCAAGAUGACAGAUUUUGAUCGUUAUAAAGUCAUGAAGGCAAGGAAAAUGAGGAACAGACUAAUCAAGCUUGAAGUUAAGAAACUUCAAAAGGCAGCUCUCCUGAAGGCUUCUCCUAAGAAAGCACUUGCUGCUAAGGAGGCAGCUACGGCAGCUGCUGCAAAGGUUCCAGCAAAAAAAGAUGACUGCUACGGGUAGGAAGGCUCCAGCCCAGA